AGCAAACGAGCCGAGGAGGAGGGAAGACCAGACCAGGCACCGGCACAAAGCCAUCUGCAAAACUGAAUGAGAGAGCAAAUACACCACUACAACCACACACACCGAUCCGACACUGCGUAAAUCACCGGCGUGUCACGACCAGAAAGCCCCGAUGGAUGCCAGAAGCAGCACAGAAGAGAAGCCUGUGCAGAGAUCCAAGUCUUUUAGCUUCAAGACUCCGAAUGAAGUGUGUGCGGCAUGUGAGAAGACCGUCUACCCAAUGGAGAGACUGGCAGCAAACAACCAGAUCUUCCAUUCAAGAUGCUUCUGCUGCCUGCAGUGCAACACCAAACUGAGCCUCGGGAACUACACUGCUCUCCAGGGUAAAUUUUACUGCAAAGCUCAUUACCAGCAGCUGUUCAAGAGCAAAGGAAACUACGAUGAGGGCUUCGGGCGUAAACAGUACAAAGAGCGCUGGGCCAACAAGGAUUCAGAAACCAUAACAAAGUCUCCGUAAACCUUUCCUCCCUCGGUCCCAUCCAGGCCUUACCUCCUUUGGUCUCAACACACGCCUCAUGGUUGGUGGGGUGCUCUGAAAUAACCCACACACGCUUUCUAAAUGCCAUUUGAUCAGAAAAACAGGUCAAACACAAUCAAGCAAAAAAAAAAAAAAUGCAUGAGAUUAAUUUUAGGUAUUUUACUUUUUUACCAAAAGUCUUCUUCUCUGGUGAGGGAAGUUUAAUUUUAUUUUAAGUUUUAAUUUUAGUGUUGUUUGAGCGAGAAUAAUUUUGCACCAUUCAGUUUCACAAUUCAAACUGUACACUCAGGCAUGCGUGUAUUGCAACUCAACAUAUACACUGAAUAUGUUUGGUAAUUGGUAAACUCUAUUCUGCAAUAUAAAAAGGGAUUAUAUGCAGUUAUCAGUUGGCGUUACGUGACAUCACAGUACUGUAAAUGGUACAGUAUUGGACGGGGAUGUGAAUCUCCAAAUUGAGUUUCAUUCAUAGUGACGUUCCCUCAGGCGUUGCUUGUCCCUGUUGUCUGGAAGCUUACAUUGGAGCCAAACUGAAAACGAUCGGGGCAGUCCAGCUAGUAGGACAACAGUAAGAGACAGUUAAUAGUAGACGUAUUGUUACAAAAUUAUUCAUAAAAAUGUCAACCUUUUGUGACUUUUGGCAAGUAAAAAACAUCCAAAGCUGUGUGCCAGUUAUGACGCUAACAAUGUGUCUCUAAAAUUAGGCCUGUCACGAUAACGACAUUUUGAAAUGUGAUAUAUUGCUGAAGUAAAUACAGACGAUAAACGAUAAUAUUGAAACUAAUUUGUUCUACUGACACAAAAACCCCAAAGCAGGAUUAUUCCCCCAAAAAUAUUAGUAAUAGUAAUAGUAAUAUUAAUUAAUAGUUAGUAGGCCUGUGACAAUAACAAAUUUUCAAGUGCGAUACAUUGCUGAAGGAAAUACAGAUGAUAAACGAUAAUAUUGGAACCAAACUAUAAAGCAGAAUUAUCCCUCAAGGUACAAAUAUAGUACAAAAAUGAGCUGCAAUAAAUAACAUUAUGCAACACUUAAGUAGUUAGCGUGUAUCUACGUUGAGUCAUAGAAUUUCAUAAUCCAUUCAUAAUUUUCCGAGUAGUGCAAAGAAAAAGUUCCUGUCUGUUAUGUAUUGAACGAGUCAAUAUAUUAUUUAUUGUGACAGACCAAGUAAUCCGUUUGGAUCAAUAAAUGUGUCAUCAAAUGUUAUUCAUCAACAUUUUUAGCUCAAAUAUCAUCAUAGUGCAGAAAAAUAACACGUAUUUCCCCACUAGUACAAUGAAAAGUACCCACGAUAAAUAUUGACCCCCAAAAAACUAUUUUUAUUGAACGAUGAGUGAAUAGAAUAAUUAUCGUAACAGGCCUAACGAAAAUGACAAAACUGUUGGCUGUAUCUAAAGCAAUACAUUAAUAAUCUGUUUAGUGUAGGUCAACAAUAAAAUAAUUUACACCUUGAAAUGUAUUUUUAAAUAGUUACUGAAGUAUCCUGAGUGAUAUUUGGGAGAUAAUGUAACCGGUAAUGUCACUGCUAUAGAUAAAGCUGCGUAUAAUCCUGAUAGAUCAAACUUAACAUUGCUAUCCUUGUUUGAUGACUUCAGUCUGAUACGAGGAACAAACAGGGUACACAAACUACUGUAAAAUGCACAAUACUUGGCAACAACUCACCUCUUGUUGUCGUUCAUUGCUGUUCACGCCACUUUUUUAUUUUAUCAAUAGUUUUAAGUCUUAAGUUUUGUGCAUGUUGGUGUGGCUGGCUCUUAACUGCCUUAUCUCAUGACUAUUGUGUAUAUUGUGAAUUGUUUUAAUUGUUUUGGAUUUGGAUUUAUGUUCAGGCAUAAAUGAAUCCACUCUCUGGCUUUUAUUAUUGAAAAAUUUUAAAAGAUUGUGUUUUGUAUCCUGUCUGUACAUAGAAAAUGUUGUUUGUAACUUAAACAUUCCCAUAAUGUAUCUAUUGCACAUGACUCACAGCUAGAUGUCGGUUGUCACAAGGAAACUAUUUUGUUACACACAUAUUUCACGUUUAAAGAAAAACUAGGUUAAUUGAUUUUUUACUUCAGUUAUCAGCGACUGUCAUCUUGUUAUAUCCCCUUAGUGUAUCUAAGCAUGGUUAUAAACGGGGACUAAAUCAUAUCCAACACGUUUUUUCCUUUAUUAUUUUCAAUGCCUUUUAUAUUUCUUGCCAUGUUUGCUAAAAACACCAUGGACCUAUUUUUUCUCAGUACUGUAAAUGGCGAAGGUAAUGUGUUUUGUUCAAUGGCAGAGCUCCCCCUACUGGGCAAAGCGUUGCAAUACUUUUGUAAUAAGAAAAACAGGCUUCAACCACAACCUCAAAUUAUUCUGUUAAAUGUGACAAACUUAGCCAUUUUACAACUUAUUAUGUUAAAAGCCAUUUAAAGCUGCACUGUGUCACUCUUCUGGGUCUGCCACCUGCUUGUCUCCAUGGAGAUAUUGUUGCUUUCCCUUGAAAUGUUUCACUGUAUGGCAUUAAACUUAUAAUAUACAUUUACACACAAUUACACGUAUUUUAAUUGCUGAAAAACAAUCUUGUAAAAACAUGUAAUCUCACUUGUGACUUGACCUAGUGGCGUCUCCAUGCUGCUUGUCUCCAUGGAGAUAGUGCUUUGCCUGGAAUGUACCAUGGUAUAGCAUUAACUCUGACAUCUCCACGGUGACAAGCAAGUGAGAGGCCCUCCAUUCAAAAAGUUAUGCAGUGCAUCUUUAAAAAAAAAUCUUACUUUUUCAAAACAAGCACUGAUAUGACUUGACGCCAGACACUUGAAUGACACAAUGUACUUUUGUGAUUGAGAGUUAACUGUGAAUUUGAGCAUGCUGUGCAGAAGAGAAAAGAUAAAUAUUUGCUUCUUUUUAAAGCAAAGCCUUAUAGAAAUGGAACAAUAUUUUAACCACGUCUCUUAAGAAAAUUCUCAUGCCUUUUAAAAAACAUCACAUCGCUUAAGUCAGCCAGCAGCAUCUGUUCUUUUCUCAUAUACUCACAUAGUGUACAGUCGCUCGAAUCCUAAUUCAUUUUAGGAUUCUCGUUUGAAUCCUAAUGCUUUAAAAGUGUUAAGUGUUUGUCAAUGCGCAGUUUGCCAAGGUACAAGUUCAAGUCCAGUCCUUGUCAUUUGUAAUAUAUCAAAUAAGGUCCAUUGAAACACUGGUGCCAGCAGGCUCAGGUGAACGACUAAACAUGUAAUCUGUGUUUAUUUUUGUGCAGAACGUGAUGUGAAAUUUUCAAAAAUGUUAAUAUCACUGAAAUGUUUUGAAUAUGCAUCUUUUGGAAAUGUAUUUUAUAUUUCAGACAUGUGGGUUGAGGUGGCCUUAUACAGCUAAAGGACGUUAAGACUAACUGACAGUCUUGAUCCUUCAAUCCCUUUUUUAAUUAUGUAAAAACACCCCUUUCUACGCCAUUACACACAAUCAUUUGGAGCUUUUUGUCAUCCAUUUUCUUUUUUACAUGCUUUAAAAUAAAAAUGCUGGUGUUGAUCUAA